UUGUGAUUCUGGAUACUGUUGGAUGCGGCGUUCCAUUGCGGUCAAUUGGUGAGCGAAAACAGAUUAUAGCGACAAUUGAGAAAAACUAAAUGAAGUAACGGCAAUGGGAGGAAAUGGAUAUGGCAAUGGAUGGUGGCGCUCUUGGAUCCGGUCUGUUUUUGUCUGCUAUCCUAGUGGCGCUUUUUUUGUCCUCUUGUUGUAUAAUAAAACUCUUGUCUACGGCUUUUUAUGGGAAGAUUGGACAAUGGAAAGCGUACCCAAAGCUAAAAAGGUACAUCGAAUGCAUGCUAUGAAAUACUAUUGCCUGACUGGUAUAUUCUGUAAUUACUUGUAUGCUGGCCCCGCACACGGGUGGGGGUUGGGGUUUGUAAGUAAGACGCAGGUUCGAAUGUUUAAUUGGAGACAUACGACUUUAAGGAGACUAAAAGCAACGCUUCCUUAGCCUGUCAUAGACUUGGAGACUUUGGAUGUUGAUGAUUUGAGAGCAGCGUACGCACAAAGCACAAACAGAAGAUUAUAUACAUCGUAGUGUACUUUUCGAGAUUACUUUAUAUU